AUGGAACGAGGUUCGAUUAUACUUAAGUAUGCGGUAAGUCUUUCAAUUAUUGAGAAAAAUUAUUUUCCCCUUGUUAAAGCAACAACAAUGUCAGAUCUUAAAGCUAUCAGAAGUAUUACAAGUGCAACUUCUGCAGUCAUCUCCGAGAAUGGACGUGUCUUAGACAAGUUUGCAAAUGAAAAUCAGCAAGAUUUCUACCACAUUUCUUUAGAAGAAUUUCUUUACGAAGCAAAGCUUCAAAGAGAAUUGGAAAAAUCUGAAGACUGGGGUGAAGCAGCUCCAUCAGUUCCCAUGUUGGAGUUAUUCAAGGUGAAAGUUCUCGGAAAACAAUCUCACAGCUCUUCCUCCGCACCAAAUUCUCCAACCGGUUUGGAUGAUGAGAAGCACAACGGGUCAGAAGGUGAUGAUGACCUUAUAUCUGAACCUAUCAAUAGGAGUUUAGAAAAUGCCAAUAGAAUGGUGAGAACUGCUUCGUGGGGUUCAGUAUUUUAUUUGAUUACUACAGAUAUCCUUGGUCCUACAGCAGCUCCCUAUUCCGUUUCUCAGCUUGGAUAUGUUCCAGGUAGUUUAUUAUACUUCUUGUUCGGAAUUGCUGCUGCAUACACCGGGUUUCUCUUGUGGGGUCAAUUCUUAAGGCUCGACUCACAGAAAUAUCCAUUACAAUCCUUCGGUGAUGUGGUGGGACGUAUUUACGGUAAGUAUACCAGAUACGGUGUUGACUGUCUUCAAAUACUUCAAUUGCUUUGUAAUGUUGCAGUUAUUAUUCUUGGUAACGGGCAAGGUUUGUCACAAGUUGCAAAGGGUAAAGGAUGUUAUACUGUCUUAAUUUUAGUUUGGGCAAUUAUUGGUAUGAUUGUUGGCCAAAUUAAAUCAUUACAGAAGUUCGGAUUCUUGGCUAAUCUCGCAAUUUGGAUGAAUGUCUUCGUUAUCAUUGCCACUAUGGCAUGUGUCUCCAAUGAAUUACCCAACUACACAGCAGCCACUGGAACCACUGGUGUUUCUUACGGUGCAACAGUUACUCAUGUGAUUGUCAGCGGAGCUGGUGCAGAAGCAUUUCAGAAUCAAUUAACUGCGUGUAUGAAUAUUGUCUAUGCUUACGGUGGUGCUAUGGUCUUCAUUGAAUUUAUGUCUGAAAUGAAGAGACCUCGUGAUUUCAUUAAAGGAAUGGCAUGUGCUCAACUCUUUAUUUUCACCGUUUAUCUUCUUUUCGGUAUGAUUGUGUACCACUACCAAGGCCAAUUUGUUGUGAAUCCAGCAAAUCAAGGUAUCAGUCACUACGGAUGGCAAACUGCAACUAACAUUAUUAAUUUACUCUCUGCUAUUAUUGCAGCUGGUCUUUAUGGAAAUGUCGGUAUAAAGGUAUUCUAUACCACAUUUAUACAAAAAGUUUUCAAUGCUCCAAGUCUUAAUUCUAAGAAGGGUAGAUUCAUUUGGACUUUUCUUGUUAUUGUAUAUUGGGGUGUAGCAUUCGUUGUUGCAUCUGCUAUUCCACAAUUUUCAUACUUAACUGGUUUAGUCGGUGCUGUCUGUAUCUUGCAAUUCACUUAUACAUUUCCUCCUAUCAUGCAAUUUGGACUAGACUUACAAAUUGCCGCUAUGCAAGGAGAUGGACCUUAUGACCCAGUCAACAAAGUCGCCAACCGUGUUGACUCCUGGAGAAAUCUCUCGAGAUGGGUUCGUGCUUAUAAAGUAAACUGGUUUAAAAAUACUUGCCAUAUUAUGUUUUUCUUAGCAGCAUUAGCUACUGCUGGACUUGGUAUCUACUCUUCUGGGGAAGGCUUCGCCAAUUCUUUUGCUGACGGUGUGACUACCUCCUUCACUUGUAAUUCGCCUGUUGCGUAG